AUGUAAUUUAUCCCUGUUAUGAAGGCAUGUUCACUUGUAGAGGGGAAUUUUCUCAAUUUGUAUGGAGUUGAAAAUGAAAUAAUUUAUUAUGAUAUUCGAGAAUUCUUUAGCUUAGAGCAAGAAAAUUUUCUUUCGUUAGAACCAUAAGAAAUAGUUAAGAACAUUAAGAUUAUUAAUACAAUCGAAUAAGAAUAUGAAAUUCCAUUGCAAUUAGAGAGUCAUCCUAGGGACAUCAGGUUAGGGAAUAAGUUUAACCAAAAUUUAGAGAGUACCAUUAUAAUCAUAGAUGAGGAGGAUUAAUUUUAUGAAUAUUCCUUAAUCUCUUAAUAGCUUGUCAAAUUUUAAAUUCCUGAUUAUCAUUUAAACCAUUUAGAUUUGGUUGAUGGGAUCUUAUUGAAUGUUUAUGAUAAAAAAUAUAUAAUCAUAGAUGAAAGCACUAUUGCAUAGACUUACCUUAUGUUGUUCGAAGAAGUAUUUUACAACCAAUUUGAAAUAAAAUAAUAAGCUGAAUAUGUUGUGGCAUUUCAAUAAAAUGGUGAGAAUAAUAAACUAUUUGGAGUAGGAAACACAAUUUAUAGAAUAAAUUAUAACUAAAUUCAAAUAUAUCAAAUUGAAUAAGAUAAAUUAAAUUUGAAGGGAUUUAUAAAGAAAUCUUAAAAUAACCACGAAUGUGGUCCCCUUUCAAAUAUUAUCAAAGCUAAAAUUCAUUAAAACAGCAUUAGUUUUAUUGAUUCUAAUACUCUGGUAAUAGUUCAAUUGAUAGGUAAUAUCAAUGAUGAAAUUAAUUAAAAAUGUAUUAAAUUCAAUGAGGAAAUCUACAAUUAUGACUAUUAUGAAUUUCUGGAUGAAUACGUUGUUGUUACUCACAAUCAAUUAGUGUUUGGAAAUUAAAGAAGAGACUUGAAUAUUCAAGCUGCUAAACACACAACAAAUGUUUUUCUUACAUAGAAUAACAUUUUGUUUGUUUUAAGUUCCAAUAUAGAACUUUAUUCUAAAGAACUAAAAUUUUUGGAUGUAAUUCUAAAUUAAAAUUAAUUUGUGAUUGAAGUGAUACCUGAAACUGAUCAAUUUAUCUCGAUCGACAAGAGCAAUGCCAAAUUAUUCCAUUUGAUUCAAUCUCCUAUGAUUAGGAUAAAUAAAUAAAAUGAGGAUAUAGAUUUUUAAUUAAACCAAAUAACAGAGCAAGAUGAAUGCACUCUGAAUGUACACUUUUCCGUUCAGUAGAUAAAUUACAAUAAUCUCUUUGAAAAAUUAAAAAAUUAAAAGCUUGUCCCUUCAACAGCCUGGAAGCUCUAUGAUUGCAAUUAAAAGUAGAAUUAGAUCUCUACCUUAGAGUAAUUAAUUAAAGAAAAUAAGGCGAAACUGAUAGUAGAAUUACCUUCAUUAUCUUAGAAGGAAUACAUAUUAAUCAGAGAGGAUCAAAAUGAAUUUACAUUGAUAGUACAAUAACAAAAAGUGAAUAGUUAUGAAUAAUAUUAGUUCAAAUUAGAAAUCCAAGACAUUGAAAAAUCUGAUAAUUAACUGUGGUGGGUUCUGGAUGAUGAAGUUUACUUUACUUUUCAUUUAAUAGACAGAUGCUAUAUAUUUAGAUUAGAUUAUGGAAUCGAAAACCUAAUGUUUCACAAAGAGAUAACAUUGAAUUAUAAACUAUUGAAGGUUGUAUCUAGUGGAAACUACCUCUUUAUUCUUGGAGAGUAGAAAGCAAAUAUCAAUGUGCUCCUUUAUUCUUCCAUAUCAGAUGUCUAACAGGAACAAAAAAAAAUACAACUCCCCACCAUCAAAGAUAUCUUCGCGUCACCAUUGUAGAAGGAUUACUUAAUAAUAAAAAUGGAGAAAUAAUUGGUAGUAUACCAUCUGCUGAUUGUACCAUAACAAAUAUUCAAAGAAAUUGUGAAACCUUCAGAAACAAAUGUUAUCAUUUUUAAGAAAUAUUUUGUUGUUUUGAUGAAAUCAAGUGAUGAGAAAGAGAAGAUUUGUGAAGUUUAUUUUUUCAAAAGUACAUAAAAAAUAGAAAAACUUGGAAGAAGUCCAAUGGAACAAUUUUCUUAGAUUUAAAUAUAAGAUACCCUUGUUUAAACUAGUUAAAAUGUCUUUUACUUAAAAUGUUAAGUAAAACUUGAAAAAAUAAAGAGAAACGCUCUUGUUGCAUUCAAAGUUGGUAAAUCCAUUUAUAACUCUUUGAUGUUUAUUUUAUUAAGGAAUAAGAAUAGUGAGUAUUAAGUCAUUUCAGAUCUUCUGUUAAAAUAAAAUAGUGAUUAAUUAAUGCCCAUGAUCUCAAUAAGAAAUAAUGAAAUGUGUCUAAUAUAGGAGGAUGAUGAAAAAAUUAUAGAUUUUGAACCAUUGAAAGAUGAAGAUCUAAAUUUGGUUGAUGGGGAUGAUCGACCACCAAUUGUUGAUAAUAGUGGUGACAUAGAUCAAGAUAAUAGAGACGAUCAAAAUGAUGAUGACAAUACACUUGAUUUAGAAAGUGAUGAAGACUUACCAAUAGGUUCCUUUUUGGUGAUGAGCACAAUUGAAGAGGCUUUGAUCUACUCACUUUUCAGGACUUUUGGUAGAAGAAGAGUUGAGACUAUUGAUAUUGUGUGA